AUGCAGGAAGAUGCACCCGUCAUCAUUGCCGGCGCUGGGCCCAUCGGCAUGAUACUUGCCUAUCAACUGGAUAGGUUGAACGUACCAUGUUUGAUCGCCGAGCAGAAUCUAGAAACAACCAAGUGGCCCAAGAUGGACCUGACGAAUGCUCGCUCGAUGGAACUCCUCCGAUACUUGGGACUAGCGAAUGACUAUCGCGCACAGGCUGGUGCUGUAGCUCGGACUGAAAGAUUCGACUCGCAGUUCGUCACGCAAAUUAAUUCGAAAGGGAAACUGCUUAGUACAUGGAAAUUGCCGUCUGUUAUAGAACAAGAUAAGCAAGCCCGCACAUUGAACGACGGGAGUCAACCAGCUGAAGCAGAGCAACGAUGCUCACAGAUCAUCUUCGAGGCAUGGAUGAAAGACAUUCUCCUUAAACGGCAGAGUAUCACCGCGAAAUUUGGGUGGAAGUAUACUUCUCACAACGAAGACGAGAACGGUGUUUCAGUUAAUUUCACCGAUCUCGACGGGAACACUCACACAGCUCGCGGGAGAUAUCUCGUCGGUUGCGACGGGGGUGGAAGUCGAGUUCGCCGCACAGCCGGGAUUGCAAUGCGUGGUGGGCCAAUGCCAAUAAAAUUCCACCUCGUGCAUUUCAAAUCUCGCGAAUUGAGCGAAACACUCCCAUUCGGUCGUUUUUGGCACAUCUUCGCUUCCAAUGGAGGGUUCAUCAUCGACCAGGAUCACAAUCAUACUUUCACCGCACAUUUUCCCGUACACCUGCUCGACGAAGCCGAGACUGACCCCCGUGAAAUCGUAUACCGGGUUCUAGGUGCCGAUGGAAACAAACAUCGUAUUCGAAUCGACGAGAUCUUAGUUGACAGCGAAUGGACUCCCAACUUUAGCAUCGCAGAUCAAUACCAUACUGAUAAUCUGAGGGUAUUUCUAGCAGGUGAUGCCGCUCACCGCAACCCUCCGCACGGCGGAUACGGCAUGAACGCCGGCAUUGUCGACGCCAUCGACCUAGGCUGGCGUCUCGCCGCCAUGAUAAAAGGCUACGGCGGUUCUCUCCUACUAACCGCCUACACAAUCGAAAGACGACCAAUGAUGAUACGAGCUCUAGUCCGUUCCCACAGACACAUAUUCGAGCACGUCAAACUGGCCCAGAUAUCCGAUUCAAAACUAGACCUUCUCGACGCACCCACUCCCGAAGGCGAAGCCCUGCGGCACCAAAUCCACGCCUUUUUGCAAGAAUCUGCGCCCGAAACGAGAGAUCGCGGAAUCGAGUUCGAUUUGAGGUAUUACCAUUCGCCUAUUGUGUACCAGGAUCGAUCCGAUGAGCCGGUUUGGGAGGUUGGGAGGUAUACGCCCAGUACGCGGCCUGGAUCGCGGGCGCCGCAUGUAUUUUUGGAAGAUGGGGAGACGAGCGUGUAUGAUCUUUUUGGGACGGACUUUACGCUUGUUCAGUUCGGACAAGUUGACGGCGGGACUGGGAAUCUUCAAAUUGAGGACAGCACUACUAGUAGCGAGAGAGCCGGCGAUAUACUCACGUCAACCGCGUCAUCCCGUGGGAUUCCGCUGAAACAUGUCUACAUCAAGGACGAGCCUCAUGCACGACGGAUCUGGGAAAGGGAGCUCGUUCUCGUUCGACCGGAUACACAUAUCGCUUGGCGAGGGUCUUGCGCUGAAGUUCUGCGACUGGGUCAAGAAGGUGUGCAUGGUAUCUGGGAUAUUGUGACCGGACAUGUUUCUUCACCUCUAGCGGAGGAAAGCCCUGCGGCGCAUGCAGCAACCGAGCGGGCAUUUGAGGAGAUUGUGAAGGGAUUUUUGGGAGAGAUGCACGGGAGGGAAGAACUGGGGAUCCAGUAUUGA